AUGCCUGUUCAACAGCAUGUUCUGAACUGGCUCUAUAGUGUUCUCACAAGCGAGUACCAUGACGUAAACCGCACAUACAACGAUGUCGCCCAAGCUCUGUCGCAGUACCCAUCGCUGUCACCGCGAACCGAUGUUCACACUUUCGAUACCGGCAUCUCCGCCCUUCUCCUCCACCUCACAGGCACAGUACCGGUCAUCUUCAGAGGCACGACAUAUCGAUUCCCCAUCUCAGUAUGGGUUCCUCACGCAUAUCCCCGAGAGGCCCCUUUGGUCUACGUGACCCCCACCGAGUCCAUGAUGGUUCGUCCUGGCCAACACGUAGAUCCUCAAGGCCAGGUCUAUCACCCUUACCUGGUGGGCUGGUCCGCGUUCUGGGAUCCCUCCACGGAAAGCAGCCGGAGCAGCCCCAGAGCCAAGGCUAUUCUCGCUAUGAUUCUGCACCACCUCUACCGCCAGCCGCCAUCCCUCAACACCCGCACCAUGCUGUGGCGCCGUCUCCGCGAUCAACGGGCGAGCUCCCACCUCGGCCGUCGCAGCAGACACGCCCUGACGUGA